AUGGAACUGAAACGUCCAAUUAUCAUCGGAAAUGUGGCUGGCGCCAUGGAGGAUUGUCCUCAUGCAAUGCUUCGACAGAUAUCCGAUAGCACACUUGAUGCAGUCACCGGAGACUGGCUCUCAGAGCUCAAUAUCGCCUGGAAUGCGAUACGAAAAUACGAUGAUCCAACUAAAGGGUACGAGGUAGGCUUCUUGGAACAGCUAGAAGAUUGCAUCGACAUCAUCGCCGCGAAAAAGCUCAAGCUCGUCGCAAACGCAGGCGCUUUGAACACGCCCGAGUGCGCAAAAAAAGUCAAGGAGAUCUGCGAAAAGCACAAUCUCGGCCAUCUCAAGGUUGCGUAUAUCGAGGGAGACGAUAUAUCCGACAUUGUCGUCAACCGUCACAAGCAGGACCAGCUUGGUGGCAUUGUGCAUCUAGAUCAUCCAGAGCGUACGCUUGAGAACUGGGGUAAUGAUCCUCUGUGCGGAGUCGCCUAUUUUGGCGGCUGGGGCAUUGUUACGGCGUUGAAAGAAGGGGCAGACCUCGUCAUUUGUGGCCGUGUGACAGAUGCGAGUCCGGUAAUUGCGCUGGCUGCGUGGUGGCACAACUGGUCUUAUGACGACUGGAAUCAACUUGCCGGCGCGCUGAUCGCAGGACACCUCAUCGAGUGCGGCCCCUACGUUACUGGUGCCAAUUUCUCUGGUGUACGACCGCAUCUCGAAGGCAUGGUCGACCUCGCAUUCCCGAUUGCCGAGAUUGCGCAUGACGGCACGACCAUCAUUACCAAAAACCCAAAGCACCCGGGAUUCGUCGAUGAGCUCAAUGUGCGAGCGCAGUUUCUGUACGAGAUUCAAGGAACUCAAUACAUCAACCCAGAUGUGCUCGCUGACAUUGAGCAUGUCAAGAUUGAAAAUACCCACGAGAAGGAUCGGGUACGGGUAUCAGGUGCCCUAGGUAGUCCGCCCCCAUCAACAACCAAAGCAAUCACGGUAUCAAUAGGCGGCUACCAAGCUGAGGCUACUUUCUAUAUGAAUGGACUCGACCUGGAUGCGAAAGAGCGAUUCAUGCGGCAGCAGAUUGAGCAUGCGUUUAAAGAUACACCACUCACCGAUCUAAGCAUCGAGCGAUAUGGCUCUAGUACACCUGACCCAAGCAACCAAGCCUUGGGGACUGUGUCUGUCAGGGUUUUAGUCAAGGCCAAGAACAAGGACGAUAUUAACGAAGACGUGUUCCGGAAGCAUAUAUACGCGCUGAGAAUGCAGUUUUACGCUGGAUACCAUAUGUCUCUUGACUUCCGCACCAUGUCGCCUAGAAUGUUCAUGGAACUUUUUCCGGGUCUGGUAUCCUACGAGAAGCUUCCUCAUCGCGUGGUAAUUGAUGACCGAGUGAUCGAAGUUUCGCACCAUGGCAUCACUGCUCCACCUCCAGGGAAGCGCCCAAGCUAUGAAACGACCAAUGGGAUAGACAUGGCAACCUUUGGCUUCACUAGUAGAGUACCUCUGGGAGCGGUGGCCCAUGCUCGAUCUGGAGACAAGGGCGACAACUGCAAUGUCGGUUUCUUCGUCCGGUCUGCUGACGAGUACCGAUGGCUGCAGUCCUAUCUGACUGUGCAGCGGAUCAAGGCGCUACUCGGGGAGGAUUACAAAGAGUCAGUCAGCGUGGAGCGAUGUGAGUUUCCGCACAUCUGGGCUGUGCACUUUAGGUUCCUGGACUUCCUGGGUGGUGGUGGUGCGAGCAGCACGAGGAUCGACAUGCUCGGGAAAGGCGUGGCUGAGUAUUUGCGAAGCAAGUUUGUUGAUAUCCCAGCCAAAUUUCUGGGCAACCCUAUUUCCCUUAGUUAG